UUGUAAUCAUGCCUCAAUCCCCACCCCCACUCAAUCACGAUACAACCAGAAAUACGUUGCGUACGCAUCCUUAUUUUGACAAGACGCCUUGUGACAAAUGGGAUGUUGUGGACUUCUGUGAUAAAAUAUACAAGGAAUUGGGCUACGUGAAGUACAAUAUAUCCAAUGUCCACAACUGCUGGCGGACGUCCAUACAACACCUACAGAAUAGCGAGGAUCUCAAAAUUGCUGGGAUGGCUAGUAAACUGCGGGCGGCAUGGGUUCUUUCAGUAGGUUGAUUCUCCGAGCUACAAAACUAAUAUCUACGCAUCAUCUGUAUCGCAGGAUGCCUUCGUGGCGUCCUGGUCAACGGUACACCGAGGCACAUAUCGCAGCCUGCCUUCGCGGCCGACUGAGAAACGAUUGUGUACUCUUUGGGUGUGGCUUCUUCGCGAAGACCCCUCGCUCCUGGGUUGCUGUUGACCUUCGUGGCCAUCAGAUUCACUAGCCCAGUCGAGCUUGAUGUUUGUUAAUAGGCAUUCUUUUGGCAGAGCCCGAAAAACGACCAGCAAAGGGCCAAGAAUUUCAUCAGGUCAAUAACGAGAAAGCGUGGACGACGCAAAGUCGCCAAUCAUGGGCCUACUACUAUCGCUAUCAACCAAAGUAGUAUUAUGUUGAAUUCGUCGCAAACAGGAACCACUAUUGUGUUAGUGUUCCUUCCAAGGAUAGUGGAAUAACAACCAUCGUUAACAAUUCUAUACGUGUAGUGGAGCUUCUAUCUAUCAAGAUGACCCAGACACAAAUUGUGCCAAUUCAGAAGCUGAUAAUGAUCCCAAUAGUCUGAACGCGACUGUUGACUCCAGCCUCGACAAGCAAGACUCACUGGCAAUGGAAGUCUCCGACACGAAGAGGCUUCAAGAAAUCCUUGGUUGCUUGGAGGAUUCUCGCAUGACCCUUACUAAUGACAAGAAGGUGUUACUCACUUAUGGCAAUGUUUACCUCCAAGAUAUCAUGCUAGAUUAUGCCCGACGCACUGGCAAAGUUAAGCCAAUUCAUUUUGGUAUCCUGGAUGCCGAAUCCAUCACGACACUGGAUCUCAUGCGAGAAGAUUGUGAGCAGAUCACAGACUGUGUUGAAGAAUCACCGCUCCCUAGGUUUCCCCUGGAGUUGCUUCAGGCCCUCGAGAAGUAUGAGAAGGUCAGUCAGUACUUCGCCUUUAGGUUUUCGGAGGACCGAUAACUGAUGAUUGAUGACUUUGAUAGGCGAAUUCCUAUGAGCACUCAUGCCAAAUCGAACGCACAAUGUCUCAUAGGGGUGAUAGCAAAUGGAUCGGUGAUGUUUCGUGCCACAUGUGAAUUACACGCCGUCUUCGCCCUAUAUUAUAGGCUGAUUUUAGAGCAGUGUCCGGCUUUUAGAGAACUCCGGAAUGAUCUUGGAUGAAGAGCUGAGUGAAGGGGUUUGGGAUUGUUUGGUUUAUCCUCGCUUCCUGGACGAAGUUUUCUGUGAGAUUCCAGAGCUUAUCCUUCAACGGUAAACCCUUAUCCCAAUUCUCUGCUCUUUUAUUUGUCUGCUUUGGCUACUAAUCAACAUCGUUGCAGCAAAGAAAUUUCUCUCUCAGCAACUCGCUACCAACCGUACUCCUACUUCAUCAACGAACCUCGUUACGAUGCGAUCGCACGCCGUCGUAAGCUAUCUGCUGACGGCAGCUCUCAAUCUUGUUAUGAACUGCUUGUCUUGGAGACAAUUCGCAAAUGGGAAGGGGAACUUGCUGCGAAAUGGCUCAACGAUUUUGAUAAGCUUGUGGGUGGCUUGAGAGCGAUGCUGUGCCACAUUGGCGAGCUGGUAGAAAACGACCCUACAGUCAUGAAGAAGAUAAAGGUGGUUGGCAUACUACAAGCUGGUUAGGAUAUUGUCUGUUGCUUAGUACUUCUUUGCUAAUCAUGCUAGGCCGUCGAUACCAGCUUCUUAUUAUGUCUUGUAUUGGCAAGGACGUAUUUUACUUGAAGCGUGGUCAUAUACAUGAGCUUCCGGGGGAGCUUAAAGAUAUGAAGAAGUUACAAUACAUCUUCGCGUCAUACUGGAAAGCACGGGUAUGCACCUUGGUUCCCUCGUUCUGUUCGAAAUCUCAUGCUCUUUGUAGGAAAUUGUUCGAUGUGGUGUUCGGCUUCUGGAAGAAUUUUUGCAACAAAAUUUAGAGCAGGAUCAAAAGGCUAUAAAUAUUUUGUCUCCAAACUUCCUUUAAAUUUUCUUUGGUUGAUAAUCACAAUAUAAAUGAAAUACAUAAUGCAAAUUAUGUUUAAAACUAUGUUAUGAACCAUAGUACCUGAGGACCUUAGGCUCAAUUGUCAGCAGACAUUAGUAGAACCUCGGGGACGGAACGAUGGCACGUGACAGAUAGAUUGAUAGAAAGACUGUCGAGCAGUUUAUCCAACAGAGAAAGAAGGUCUAUAUAAGCAGAAUGUAUUUCCUUAGUAUAUGGAGCUUCGUGCUCAACUUAAAUAGUAAUCUCAAC